AUGCACGCGCUUGGAUUUGUAUAUGGUAAUUGGCCCUACCGCGACCAGCAUCUUCCUCCGGAACCGUACUACGUUGACACUCGUGUUGCCGAGUUGGGUCUUCAAUGGCAGAGAAUUGUGUUUGGCCCUGACGGCAGUAAUCUUGACCCGAUAAACCAACACGUAGGGUGUUCGUAUGGCUUACUCACGACUCGCUGGCCAGGACCUACGGGACCUACAAUUCACCCUAAAUUCACUGUUCUCAGGAUGAGCAAGCGCAAAUUCGGCCACGUCAGCAGAUGGCGGUCAUAUUACGCUGUCUCGAUGGACUGGGUGCGGUCGCUCUUUACCGAUGCCUUCUGGGAUGAGGUACAAAGGAACGGCGCUGCAGGUCUACAUCCGGAACGCAAAUUAGGUGUGAGAUUGCUCAAUGGAAACUACAAGUGGUACACUCACGAAGUCCAACAACCGUACGUCUUUGUGGAGUCUCCGAAAAGUGUAUUGAGCGAAGAGGACGAUGUGGGCGCUGGAGACAGACGCAUCAUAGAUCGACAUGAUUUCCCUCGACACAUCAGUAAGAAGGAGGCUGCCAUGCGGAGAUCUGAUCAAGGUCGAAUUUUGUUCUAUUUCUUCCUUCUUACAGUGAUCGUUGUCUGGGGUUUCCUACCAGAUCUAUAG